AUGAAGGAUGACGAGUUGAAAUCUCGCUUUACAAUAUAUAAAGCCUUAGUCGCGGACAGCUCUAGCCUUCUUGAAUCAGAAGCCUUCAGCGCUAGACUUCGAUGUUGUUUGGAAAAGUUUAAAAACCUUGACACGGUCGGACUUGCGCAUUAUAUAAUGAGUUUUCUGCUCCAUACACGGCAAAUAAAAGUUCAAUUUCUUGGUCGACGCCGCCUAAUAAAUCAAAUCGACUUCCGAUUCGGGAGUUUGGAUCUUAUGGCGCUUCGUGGCAGCGCCAGCUCAAUGAAGGAGGUUAACUCUUUAGCCGCAUCGAGACUCUUACAAGUUCUUAGCGAGACCAACCAAAAAAUCGGAAAGCUAUCGACAUACAAUGCUGAUUAUUGUGGUUAUAUAGCACCCGAAAUUACCAUCACACAGCCGCAACACCGCUCGCUGCUUCUAGUUCUCAGUGAACUAGAGGAUCUUCACGUGUGCACAGCUUUCGGAAGACCAAAUCUGGCUGGAGCUUUGACUGCACCGACCUGGAUCAAUUUGCUGAUCAAGGUCGCUCCGCGUCUGGAAAGACUAGCUCUUUCGCAAGACCACCCAACAUCGUUUUCUCCCACUCCAAAUCCCGAUCCUCCAAUCCCAGAAAUCUAUUAUCCAACUUCAGAUCCCUGUCCUCCAAAUUCAGAAACCUACUAUCCAACUUCAGAUACCGAUCUUUCAACCUCAGAGACCUACUAUCCAAAUUCAGAUCCCUAUCCUUCAGCCAUAUGUCCAGCGGGGCAAUUAUCACCUGCAUCAGCUUACUCGCCUUCAUCACCUUCGAUACACCCUGGGAAGCACGAGGACAUUCUUUGGAGGCUUCUUUGGAAAUUCUUCAGAGAUGAGGAGCUAUCGCUACUGAGAUUUUCAAUGACAAGGAUCGCCCACAUCAAGGUGGCAACACCAGAACCAAGGCAUGGCUCCAAAAGAUGUUCCCUUGGGACAGUUCACCAAAUCGUGUCAUAUGUGACUGCAAUGGUAUGCAUAGAUUGCACUGCGACUCUAGUUGUGGUCGAUAGUAAGCGAGCAAGAUUACGUAGGUACUCGGGAAACAGCCUUUUACGUACGUAG